UCUUUUUUUAAACUAAAUAUAGGUAAUUUAUUUAAGCUAUGUAUUAAGUACCUAUAUAUUGAAAAAUUUGUAUACUAUAUACAAUUGCAUGACAAGCUACUGUUUUUGUUAGAAUUUUUGUAAAGAAGCCUUACUUCAGUUCUAAGUCCAAAGGAAAAGUGCAAUGACAAUAGUUUUUAUAUACAAUAAGGUGAAUGUGUUUGGAAAUGAAUUUACAGACCCUAUUUCAAGAUUUUAAUCCGAGCAAAUUCGUCGUUCACACUUGUUUACUGAUAUUCACCGCUCUUUUGGCCUUAAAGUUAGAUAACACUAUAUCAUGGUCCUACUGGGCAGUAUUCACACCAAUAUGGAUAUGGAAAUUCCUUGUUGUACUUGGUGCUACAGUAGGUACAUAUGUGUGGUGGCAGUACCCUCAUUUCAGAUUGGAAGGUGAGGCAUAUAUUCACUACAAGGCCAUGUUAAUAAGUCUUGCAAUACAUUUGAUAUUGCUCAUGUUUGAACUUCUUGUAUGUGACCAGUUGACAACUAAUAGACAUGUUUGGAUAUUGGUGUUCAUACCGCUCAUAUUCAUUAGCAUAGUCUCAAUAGCUAUCUGUAUAUGGUGUGUUAAACACGAUAGGAGUUAUGAGUUGGAGUUGUUCUGUGCUGUUAAUAUACUUCAAUUUAUAUUCUUGGCAUUAAGAUUGGAUCAUUUUAUCAACUGGUCGUGGGAGGUUGUGUUUGUGCCUAUGUGGAUAUUAAUGUGUCUCAGCCUAGUAGGUGAGUGGGUCCUAUACAGCAUAAUGUUUGCUGGUAUUCUGCUACGAACACCCGAAGUAAAUGUUCAACAAAGGAGGACUAGUUUCAAUUCAGCACUCGCGUACACUUUCACAGUUAUACCGAUAUUGGUGUUUCAGGUGCUGUUGACAAAUAAACUAGAUGAAUGGUUGUCCUUAUCAUAUAUUGUAGUUGUUAGCCCACUGUUUGUUACAUUUGCUACACUUAUUAUAAUGUCGUUUAGCUCCAAGGGGGGAAAUAAAUGGUGGUUCGGUAUACGUAAGGAUUUCUGUCAAUUCUUACUAUCAGUGUUCCCGUUGCUGCAAGAAUACGCGAACAUAGCUUACAACAACAACGUGAACAGGCAGACUAACGAACAGACCUCGGAAUAUAGAGACGAUGAUAAUAUUAGUAAAGACAAGAAACAGAAAAACCAAAAGAAAAACGAAGCUUUGAAACCAAUUGUGCCUAUCACAAGUAUAGACGUGCCGGAUUGAUGAUGUGUUCAUGUUACUAGUGAGCUUGCGAUGAGCAAUAUUGUUGAACAUUAUGCCUCGGGCGUGUGCUGCGAGCUGUUGAGGGAUUUGUAUUCAGCAUGCCCCAUACAAGUUCGCGUUUAGCGUUUCCCAUACAGUAAUGUAGUUUAGUUAUAUAAUUUGCGAAGAUUUAUCAUUGAAACGCAGUUAAUGCUCCGUUAUCAGUGUGAUGUUAACUCGGGAUCAGAAUACAGUACCUUAUAAUGAGUUCCAAUAGUCACAUUACUUGCGGAGUGUUUAAAGUUACUCGUAAACCCACGUUGAUGCUGUCAGUGAGAUUUAUCUAUGAAAAACUGUUAAAGCUGCGUUGUUAGUGUCUUAACGAUAGAGUUGUAUAACGCUAUAUAAAUAUCUUGUUACUGUCACAAGAAUAUUUUUCACUAGUACAAAAUGUGCAAAGAUGUAUGUAUGUGUGUAUCUACCUGUAUAUAUUGUAUUUUAGGGAAGUUCUGUUAUUAAAUAA